AGCAGAACUCGGAUCACCAAUCAAUCACUUUCCUAUGGCACUGAGCACGCAACCUGGGACUGCUAUUUCAGAAAUCCCAUGGAAAUAUGAUGUGUUUUUGAGUUUUAGAGGCACAGACACCCGCAAGGGCUUCACAGAUUUCUUGUACGACAAGUUGCAGUGGCAGGGAAUCAGGACGUUCAGGGAUGAUCCGGAACUUACAAGAGGCACGGCCAUCAGUCUAGAACUCCUCACUGCAAUCGAGCAAUCAAGGUUUGCGAUCGUUAUCCUUUCGCCUAACUAUGCUGCUUCCACAUGGUGCUUACAUGAAUUGUCUAAGAUCGUUGAAUGCAUGGAAGAGAGAGGGACAAUUUUACCAGUUUUUUAUGAGGUGGAACCCUCUCAUGUGAGACAUCAAAGGGGCGGCUUUGCUGAAGCGUUUGAAGAACAUGAAGAGAAGCUGGGGGAAGGUAAUAAGGAGGUAGAAGGGUGGAGAGAAGCUUUAAUCAAGGUGGCCAACCUCGCUGGGUGGAUUUCAAAGGAUUAUAGGUAUGAAACAGAGCUUAUCAGAGAGAUUGUGCAAGUACUGUGGAGCAGAGUGCAUCCUAGUUUCAGUGUAUUUGGUUCUUCAGAGAAGUUUGUUGGAAUGGAUACUAAGCUGGAGGAAAUAGAUGUUCUUUUAGAUAAAGAAGCAAAUGAUGUUCGCUUUAUAGGGAUAUGGGGGAUGGGUGGGUUGGGUAAGACAACCCUUGCUAGAUUAGUGUAUGAGAAAAUCUCUCAUCAUUUUGAAGUUUGCAUCUUUCUUGCUAAUGUCAGGGAGGUUUCCGCAACCCAUGGUCUAGUUCAUUUACAAAAACAAAUUCUUUCCCAAAUCUUGAAGGAUGUAAAUGUUCAAGUAGGGGACGUUUAUAGUGGUAUCACUAUGAUAAAGAGAUGUUUUUGUAAUAAAACGGUUCUUCUAGUUCUUGACGAUGUGGAUCAAUCAGAUAAACUGGAAAACUUGGUGGGAGAACCAGACUGGUUUUGUUCAAGAAGUAGAAUCAUCAUUACAACCAGAGAUCGGCAUGUACUAGUUACACAUGAUGUAGAAGAACCAUAUGAGUUGAAGAGACUAAACGAAGAUGAAGCUCUUGAGCUUUUUAGUUGGAAAGCCUUCAGGAAAUAUGAGCCCGAAGAAGAUUAUGCAGAAUACGCUAAUCAUUUUGUUAUGUAUGCUGCCGGUCUUCCCUUAGCUCUUAAAACUUUGGGGUCUUUCUUGUAUAGAAGAAGUCCAGAUUCAUGGAGUCCUGUGUUGCAAAAACUACAGAAAACUCCAAACCGAUCAGUUUUUAAAAUUCUGAAAAUAAGUUUUGAUGGACUUGAUGAGAUGGAGAAGAAGAUUUUUCUGGACAUUGCAUGUUUCCGCAGACUGUAUUGUGAUGAUUUUAUAAUUGAACAAGUAUACAGUUCUGACCCCUGCAUGCGUGUUCUAAUAGAUGUUCUCGAGGAGAAAUCUCUCAUAACUAUAUCAAGCAACCAGGUAGGUGUACAUGAUUUGAUACGCGACAUGGGACGUGAAAUUGUUAGGCAAGAAAAUGAAGAGCCAGGUGGACGCAGUCGGUUGUGGGUUCGAGAUGACAUUUUUCAGGUUUUCUCAAAGAAUACGGGAACAAAAGCCAUCGAGGGUAUAUUGUUAGAGGUGGCUGAAUUAGAAGAGGCAGAUUGGAAUCUUGAAGUGUUAUCUAAAAUGUGUAGACUACAGCUGCUCUACAUUAAUAAUUUGAGGUUUUCUCGUGGCCCAAAUUAUCUUCCUAAUGCCUUGAGAUUUCUGAACUGGAGUUGGUAUCCUUCAAAAUCUCUCCCACCGCGUUUUCUGCCGGAUGAACUUAUGGAACUUAGUUUGGUUCAUAGCAAUAUCGAUCACCUAUGGAAUGGAAUUCGGAACUUGGGCAAGUUGAAAUCUAUCGAUCUUAGUUACUCCAUAAACUUGACAAGGACCCCAGAUUUCACAGGUAUUCCAAAUCUUGAGAAAUUGGUUCUGGAAGGUUGUACGAAUUUAGUCAAGAUUCAUCCAUCUGUUGCAUUGCUGAAGAGACUCAAAGUUUGGAACUUUAGAAACUGCAAAAGUAUUAAGAGUCUACCAAGUAAAGUAAGUAUGGAGUUUCUUGAAACGUUUGAUGUAUCUGGCUGCUCAAAACUGAAAAUGAUUCCAGAAUUUGUGGGGCAAACUAAAAAAUUAUCAAAGCUUUGUUUAAGUGGGACUGCUGUUCAGAAACUGCCUUCAUCAAUUGUGGAAUUGAGUGAGAGUUUGGUGGAGCUUGAUUUGAAUGGAAGUGUUAUAAGAGAGCAACCUCACUCCCUAUUUCUUAAGCAGAACUUUGCAGUAUCAUCUUUUGGAUUAUUUCGAAGAAAGAACCCUCACCCCUUGAUUCCUCUGUUAGCUUCCUUCAAGCAUUUAUCUUUUUUGACGACAUUAAAGUUGAAUGACUGUAAUCUCUGUGAAGGAGAAAUUCCCAAUGAUAUUGGUUGUCUGUCCUCCUUAAGGUUCUUGGAACUUGGAGGAAACAAUUUUGAUAGCCUUCCUGCAAGCAUUCAUUUGCUUUCUAAGCUUCAUUAUAUUAAUGUGGAGAACUGCAAAAGACUUCAACAGUUGCCAGAACUUCCGGUGGUGAAGGACCACUUAAGUGUGAUAGUGGAUGAUUGUACUUCCUUACAAGUGUUCCCAGAUCGAUUAAAUUUGGUGCAGAGUAAUUCCGUUCUGCUCAGUUGCAUCAAUUGCUUGAGUUUGCUUGGUAACGAGGAUUCUAGUCAUCGUUUAUAUUCAAUGCUAAAGUGGUUGGUUCACUUGGCUGAGCUAUCUCUCUCUCUCUCUCUCUCUCUCUCUGCUAGUUGUGUGAUUAAUACGAUGGUUGGUAUGGUGCAGGAAGAUGUUCCUAUUCAGCCUUUGUUUCUGUCAAUUCCUGGAAGUGAAUUUUUUGAGUGGCUCAAUAAUCAAAGCGUGGGAAACUUGGUAACUGAGAAGUUACCGUCGUAUGCAAGUAAUUGCUGCAAGUGGGUUGGGUUUGUUGUAUGUGCUCUAAUUGUACCCCAUGACAAUCCAUCUGCCGUUCCUGAAGAUAGAUUAUGUUUACAUCCUGAUGGAAGUCGUGUUAUCUGUUUCUGGAACAGAUAUGGUGAUGGUGUGGUAGGUUAUGGUUUCCAAGUAAAACAAAUUGUUUCAGAUCACCUUCUUUUACUUGUUUUACCUAGUCAUUAUUGGAAUCCUCAUAACUGUCGUCCGAAGGACAUACACAAUGAGGUUAAGUUUGUCUUCACAAGCACGAGAGCUGUAGGGAACAACAUAUGCGUAAAGGUGAAGAAAUGUGGGGCCCGUGCACUGUUUAAGCACGAUUUGGAAGAGCUGAUCAGUAAAAUGAACCAAUCCAAGAGAGGAGUUUCUGUAUACGAGGAAGGUGCCAUGGUUAUGGCAACAAGCAUAAGUGGUGGCUCUGAUGAUGAAUAUUACUCUGCAGAAGAAUGAAUGAAUUUCUGAAGAAAGACGGCUUGCUUUGUUCUUGAUCCAACCAUCCAGUGCCUAAAAGCAAACAUGAAAGACUCACACUGCUAUUCUCAGAUUUCUCACUAUCCAUAAGAAAUGAGGACUACGACUCCAGACUAGCUGGGACAAUGCCAGUGUACAAACUUCCAAAAGAAGCACAGAAGAACGGUCUGUAGCCGUACACGAUGAAAAGUAGGCAAACAUUUAUUCUGUCCAUAAUGCAUAGUUACACGAGGGCAUGCUUUGAAAUUUAAAACCAUGGAAUUUUGUUCGAUCAAGUUUAGCAGGUCAGUUGAAAGCUAUUUGGAAAUCGAUUUUGGUCCUUAUUAGCAUAGUUACUUGGUAAAAGUGGUAAAGCAUAAUAAUUGGCAAGGGUUCAUCACUUCAUGGACAGCUUAUGGUUUGAGCCAACACCUAAAGUACUGUGUCUGAAAACUUUGUUCAGUGACACGGUGAUGUUACUAAUGUCUAAUGAGCUUUUCUCUAGGAUUUAGACAUAACAAGCAUAUCAUGACCUACUGUAUAUAAGGUAUAUAUCUUAGUAAGAAAACUUGGAAUAACAUUUGCUUGAUGUUUAUAUGGUUAAAUGAUUCAAGUUUUGAUGCGCACUGACAUCAAUAUUUCGAGCCAAAAGGAAGCUCUACUUACAGCUUCACAUAGUUUGAGAUAGAAGAAUAGAGACUUAUAGUUUACCAUAGAUAAACCUAGUUCCUUGUGGCUACGGAAUAUAUGUACACAUGCUGAUUGCUAACUUUCACAUUAGUAGCGUUCUGAAGGUUCAGAUGUAAAGAGUCAUCACUUUGCUCUAGCUUCAUAUUCAUGCAUGUUCAUCACCAGAGGAUCCGGAUGAAAUUUCAAUGACUCCCUCUUCAUAUUCGUGUUCAUCACUAGAGGAAAUCAGUACAGCUCUGGC